AUGUCAGCUUCUUUGUCUUUGUACGACGAUUUUGAAGAUUUUGACGAUCAACCAGAAUAUCAAAGAAAUCUACAAUAUGAUGUCGAAGAUGAUGUGCUACUGCAGAUGCACGUUUUAAGAGAACAAGGAAAUCUAUUUAUUGGCAAUUUAAAAAUUGCAAAAACAAGAUUACACACUUACUUCCCUGGUCUUACAUUGUUUAUUUCUUAUUUGGAAGGGCUUAUUGACGAAUUUGAAAGAGUUUUGGGUUCUCUUGAACGAAUGAUUACAACCAGAAGGAUUCGAUAUGCUGAUAUAGAAAGUGUAUCCCAAGCAUUAACCACUGCUUUUACAAAAGACCCACACCCCAGUCGACAUUGGCAUUAUUUUUUUGAUCACAAAUCAGUUUUGAAUGAUAUUAAACAAUCAAGACGAGUUGAAGCCGGUAUCAAACACACUUUGAUGCAGCAAGUUUUGUUGCCCAAAUCUCUAUUUGAAAUAUUGGAAAAGCUUGCAGAAAUGUUGCUGAGAAGAACAACAUUUGGAGGAGUCACAAUGCUUCAAAAUGCUUAUCAACUUGUUUCCAAAUUUGCAACAGAAGUUACUUCAGCCAAUUUGAAAAAUGGAGUAGAAUUUGGUGUUGUUGAGAAUCCUGGAGAUUUUGCUCCAGUGAGUCAAUAUUCGUUGAGUAUGUAUGGGUCGGAAAGAGGAUUAACAAGAACCGGAGCCGUAAGAAGAAGACGCAGUCAAAGUCCACAACCACCUACACGUACUGGGGCUAUCAGACGUGGAAGAAGAAGUACCAGUGCUCCACCAAGACAAUAA